AUUCUCCAAUACGACCACUUACCCCCUCUCUUCAAGCCAUUAUUUCCAAACCUCACUCCCUUUGCGCUCAAUAAAACCAUGACUAUCAAGGCCGGCGAUGAGUUUCCCCAGGUUCAGCUCAAGUAUAUCCCCUUCAACGCAACCAACCCCGACGCGUGCCUGAGCCCCCAGGUGCUCGACACCAAGAAGGACUUUGCAGGCAAGAAGGUCGUCGUAGUUGGUGUUCCAGGCGCGUUCACGCCCACAUGCUCGGCGCAGCACCUACCCGCUUAUGUGGCCAAGGCUGAUGAGAUCAAGGCCAAGGGCAUCGACCUGAUUGUGUUCACAUCAAGCAACGAUUUUUUUGUUCUCAGUGCCUGGGGCAACAGCGCGGGCGUCGAGGACAAGAUCAUCAUGGCUGGUGAUGCUAACGGCGACCUCGGCCGCGCAACCGGUCUGUCAGUGGACUUUUCCAAGUUUGGGCUGGGCUCUCAGCGCCUGACGCGCUUUGCUGUGGUCAUCGACGACGGCAAGGUCGAGCACCUGUUCACGGAGCCCGAUCCCUCUGACGUCACGGUCACCAGCGCCGACAAUAUUUUGUCUGUUCUGUAAUACUUCAAUACUUUAACAUUUCACAGAAAAACAAAUACAAAUACAACACACGAUCACUUUUGGUUUGCCUAAACCGUCUGAUAUUGUGCAAAGAUAAAUAACUCAUUUU